CAAGAAUUUCGCAACAAUGUCUGGUGGGCUAACCCCCGUUCAUUUCUUCUCCCAUGGGUCAACGGCCAUGCUAGGUGAGCAGUCGGACUCGGCGGAUUAUUGGAGGGCAUGUGGCGAUGCCGCACGCCGCAACGGUAUUGAGCAUGUAGUGAUCAUGGGAGCGCACUGGGCGGCCGUAGGCGAUGAGAUUCAAAUCGCUACCAGCCCAAAACCCAACAAAGCGCCGAUUGGUGGUGUACAUCCCAGAAAAUACGUCGAUUAUGAACUGAUUCCGGAUCUUCCCAUGUGUGAACGCAUUAUAUCGAUUCUGCGACAAGCUGGCUUCAAGGCGUCCGGUAAUCCCAACUUCGAUUGGAUCCACGACGUGUAUCUUAUUUUGAUUCGCACAUUCCCCGAUGGCUGCCCUCCCACCACUGUGAUCAGCAUGAAUGCUCGCUUCGACCCACAUUACCAUUUGAGAGUUGGCGCCGCUUUACGAUCACUGCGUCGGGAGAACGUACUGUUCAUUGGCUCUGGUGGCACUGUGCACAAUCUCUAUCGAAACGUAUGGUGGCCGCUGCUCCGUUACGCAGACAAUUUUGCUAUGCCAUCCCCUCCCGGGGACUGGGCCCUGGACUUCCGCCAGGAGUUUGAAGAUGCUAUGACUAAGGCCUCAGGACCACGGCUCAGGAAGAGCCUCACUAUGCUGAUGAAGAUACCGAAGUAUCGUGACGCUCAUGCCACUGAUGAUCACAUCAUGAGUGCUAUGUUUGUGGCCGGAUUGGUUGGUGAUGUUGAAGACGAAAACACUCCAGUUGAAAUUGGGGCUGAGGACUGGGAGCUGACAAAUAUGUGUAAUACGCAAUUCACCUUUGGUAAAUGGGCAAUGGCAAAAUAAGACGAGCCUGGCAUUUCUGGGUGGGAAUGAUGAUGUACUAGUUGUUCACACAGUUGCGAUCAGACGAUCCUAUAUUUAACCGAGUAUACAUUAGAGCC